AUGUCCGGCGUCACCGAAUUCAUCUUUUUCCACCUCAACCCCGCCAUCAAACCCGAAGACCCCACCAACAAUGAAGCCGGCGCUUCGCUCCUAGAGCUCUUCAAAAACACCAAACACCAGAACGGAUACCUAGGGUCCUCUUGGGGUCGCUCAAUUGAAGAUGAGAAUGUGGUUGUUUGGGUUAUUUACUGGAAAGACGCCCAAACCUCCCCAACCCUCACUCCCUCCCUAACACCCUACCUUUCCCCAUCCACCCCAUUAACCACCUUCUACGCAACCCUCUCCCCUCCCCCUCCAGCGCACAAAACCCACGAUCUAUCCGCCUCGCCCGUAACCGAGAUCUUCACGCCGUGGUUCCCGACCUCCAUGUCCGCGGACGAGAAGAAGAAACUGCACGAGAGCCUCGUGGCGUUCCGGACCGAGCUGGUGGAGAAUCUCGAGGAAGGGAAACGGCCUCGAGGGUUGGUCAUGGGGCAGGUGGAACGGCCUGGGACGCGGAAGCAUGGGGAUAGUCCGAGCGGGGAGGCGUUUGGGAUGGUGGUGUUGGCGGGGUGGGAGAGCGUGGAGGCGCAUAUGGAGAUUAAGGGGACGGAGGCGUUUGGGAGGGGGAUUGGGCCGAUUAGGGAGUGGAUGUUGAAGGGGGAUGGAGGGGAUGUGGAGAAGGGGGAGGGAGGGUUUGGGAUUAUGAGGCAUGUGAGGUUUCAGAAGGUGGAGUGA